UUGUUUUUAAAAAAUUUAAGCUUUCAGUGAAGUUAUUUCACAUCUUAAUCGUGUGCUAACACUCGACCGCACAAGUGUAUACUUGGCCGAAAAUUCCUAACCGACAUUCCUGCGUAUUCACUGCGAAUGCGUCAAAACUACCGAGUUCCGACCCAUUCUCGUUAGUAUCUUGCUGAGUCGUCAUGUUGAACAUUUCACACAGCAAGGCUUACAUUUUUUCUUAAGAAUCUUGUAUUAGGUAAAACAAUUGUAUUUAUCUACCGACAAUGCCGGUAACGCACUUGAAUCGCCAGCCUUCUAUAGAAACGAUAUAUUUCAUAAGCAGAACUGCACCACAUUUUUCUAGCGUGAUUAUAACAGCCUCGUAGUCACAAUGUGGUAUCGAACCAUACAAAUCGUAGUUCUCAUCAGUAUUAUACGGUUUUCAUGCAGUGACGAGCGACGAGAUAUGCUCAGUUUCCGCUGAGUUGCAAGUUAGGUGUCAUUGACGUUACGAGUAAAAUUUAUUGUAAAAAAUUAUGGAAUGUGUCUGAUUCAGCCUACUCCUCAAGGCCAAGUUGGUCGUCUCGACUUCGUCCGUCAUGCUAUCAGUCUCAACGAAGUUCUCUAUUGAACUGCUUCUAUUCAAGAAAUUUUCAGCAACUAUACAGCAUAUCAGUUAAACAUGGUAAUCAUCGGGGGCACUUAUUAUCAUGAGAGGGAUGAAAAUAUCGAUGAACUUCUCUCCAAGUUGGAUAUCAACUUCAUCUUGAAACGAAUUGUAAAAAUGGCUCCAACCAUGAUCCUCGAAGUUCCUGAAGAUCCCAAAGGAACGUUUGUCCUGCGCGUGAAGGUGAUGCUGAAAACUAUGGAAUGGACAUUCAAACUUGGAGAACCCACGGAAUUUUCGUCGCCAUUAGGGUCAAGGCUAGUCGUGUUUACCGAAGAGGACGGAAAUCUGGUGCAGCGCUCACUGGGACCUACAAGCGAUGGCACUACGAGCAUUCGAGAGUUCACCGAACACGGCAUGAUCAUAACUCUCAUUCACGAAGAAUCUCAAGUAAGAGCAAAACGAUUCUUCAAAAGAGCAUAAAUGACACAGAGUCGUAAUACAUACCAUUCAAAACGCAACUUAAUUGUUACUAUGGACGUUGAGAGUGUGACGUCAUUUAGGCUGCAAGCUCUGACGUAACCCCAGGCUCCCAGAUCCCAAAUAAGGUUAUAUUCGUCUCGCAGCAGAACAUGUGACAAACCCUAUAUUAGUUACGCCAUGGUUCAUAGAAGUUACGCUUGACUCAGAGUCACCUGCUCAUUUUUUCUUACCAGAAGCAAUGAUUCUCAAAAGCUCGCAUAUGUUAUGCAAACAUAUGUCGUAAAAUUCAAUUCUCACUUCAGUGCCAGGUAAAUAAACUGAUCAAGUCCGGGUUACCGCUGCAGCAAUGAUGAUAUCUUUUAUUUCUUAACUUGAGAAGGCGGUCGUAUUUUAACAUCCAACUACCGUUGAAGCAGCGUCUGCUGAUUCCACCGACCUUGAGAUAUUCAACUUGUUCGACCACUCGACCAUCAAACCUCUGUCCCAGCUUUAAAUGUAUUGUUGUUUAAUGUAUUGUAUUGUUAAUGGUGUUUAUUACCAACAAUCGCUCUUUUCUAGCUUAAAUUAAUUGUUAAUUGGGUUCCAUUGACUAAUAAUUGCUCUUUUCUAGCUCCAGUCUAUUGUUAAUGGUGUUUAAAAUCAACCGCUCUGCCUAUUUAAAGCGCGUAUACAAUUAUUCAAGUCCCAGUAGCAGCACAUGCAUCCGGACAAGUAGGAAUAUAUGUAUACACAGCUUUUCGAAAUAUUAACAAAUAAUUUUGUUCCCCGAUAAUGAGACUCGAGUAAGAGUUCAGAUUUUGGUUUAACUUCAACAAGAAAUCCAAAAUCAAGGUUUUUAAUGCAAUAAUCAACGAGGUGGACACCCUUGCUGAUGUGUUUUAAUCCUCAGCGUUUGGUCUUACUCUAUUUUACUUGAGUCAAUUACAAUGUUGCGUCUCUCUUUUACUCACGGUAUCGUGCAAUUCCCUUCCACUGUUGACAUUAUGACUCAUUACUAACGAUUUAUCUUGUCGAUUUCUGUAAGUUCACUUCCAGAGAUUCGUGCACUGGAGCAUUAAUGCCGACUUUCACGGCUUUAGACUACACUGAUAAAGAGCUCUGUUAAGCGUUGUCGGGUUAUUCACAUCCUAUAAAAUAUUAAUCAAACUUUUUGUAUUGAAAUAAUUUUAAUUCAAAACGGACGAUGUUCGUUACUUGAAGAGAGAGCAUGCCGUGCGCUACCAAUAAACGUAACUGCGAAUGUAAUUUCGUUCAGUACAGGCGGCUGAUUAGGCUUUAAGAUUUUUUUAUACGCACCCGGUGCGUGAGUUUUACCUAAUUUUUAAAUACUUCAGAACAGUUUUUAACUAUCCAAGUUGUAACAAUAAUAAUAAAAGCAAAUUAAAUUUUUACUAUUAUUUGAUUUUAAGCCGAAAGUAGCUGUAUUUCACCAUUUUGUAGUAGCAAUAGAAUAAACAAUGACUUCGU